AUGAACUGCAGCGAAAGCCGCCGGCUCCAGCGCCUGCUCGGCCUCCUGCAGGAGCUGCGCGGCGGCGGCGGCCCCGCGCCUCCCAACGGCUCCUCCUGGGCGCUGGACCCGACGGGGGGCCCAACAAGCCCUGCCGCCGCCAGGCGCGCCGGGGACGACGCCUACUUGUACAUCCUGCUCAUCAUGAUCUUCUACGGCUGCCUGGCCGGGGGGCUCAUCGUGGCCUACACGCGCUCCAAGAAGCUGGAGUCCAAGCACGACCCCUACCACCUCUACAUCGAGCGUAGAAUACCGGUGCCCCCGGGCUCCCACUUUGUCUCGCUGCUUCGGACCAAGGCGGCGGCUACGGAAUCUCCGCGCGCAGAAGGCGACGAAGCCCCUUCCCUCCCUGCAGGCGGCUCCCCCUGCACGUCCAGCGGCGCUCGGCUCGGCGCCACCCAGCAAGGGGGGUGA